UAGCGACAAAUCUGGUAAAAGGUGUCAAAAUUUGUUAAUGUUUCUCAAUUAAAAUUUGAAAAGCACAAUAUUUAUAAAUGGCGACGAAAGCAAGUUUACCCGUACAAAUGUUGAGCAAGCGUUUGGGCCAAGUAAAGGGCUUGGCUUGCGUACAAAAUCUAAGCGUGUUGCGCCUAGCCGGCUACAGCACUGACAAACAGCCAGUGGCUGAGGAAGCGGCCACAGCAGACGCCAAGACAGCAGCACAAUCUCCCGAAAUUGAGCAACUAAAGCAGGAAUUGGCAACGGCGAAGGAGCAAAAUAGCGAACUAUUGGACAAAUACAAGCGUUCCCUGGCCGACAGUGAGAAUCUACGCACGCGGCUUAACAAACAGAUUAGCGAUGCCAAAAUCUUUGGCAUACAAAGCUUCUGUAAGGAUCUAUUGGAGGUUGCCGAUACGCUGGGUCAUGCCACACAAGCAGUGCCUAAAGAUAAGCUAAACGCCAAUGCAGAUCUGAAGAACCUUUACGAGGGUCUGAGCAUGACACGCGCUUCAUUGCUGCAAGUGUUCAAGCGCCAUGGCCUGGAGCCGCUGGAUCCCAUUAAUCAAAAGUUUGAUCCCAAUCAGCAUGAGGCAUUGUUUCAAAAGGAAGACAAGACCGUUGAGCCUAAUACCGUUGUAGAAGUUACUAAGCUAGGCUACAAACUGCACGAGCGUUGCAUUCGCCCGGCACUUGUGGGCGUGUCCAAGUGCUGAUCGCCAAUGUUGUUCCAUGUUUCUGCGUGAUUUCUUUACAUAGAUUAGCCUUAUAGUUUGCAAAAUUGUCUUCUGUUGCAAAAUUCAUGUAUGUUACUAUGUAAAUAUAUAGGGCAUCACCAUCCUAAGCCUGAAGCUCGACGCGCAUGGAAGCGGAUUCCAUAUUGCGUAAACAGUUUAGAUUAGCUUUUAAGUGUUGAAUGACUUUUCGUCUAGGGGCUACAAUUUUAAUACCACAGGGCGUAGCCCCUUACAGAAAAAUAUAAUAAUUUA